AAUCAUCGACGUCGUGUGCGCACCGACGUUGACGCGUACAGUCGUGUGUUGUGUGUCGUGCCGAUCGCGUCUCUCACUGUUACUAUUAUUAUUAUUAUAUUAUCGUUUCCCUAGUCUCCGCCGACGUUAAAGUCACCGUCGCCUGCGAUUUUAUUUACCGGUAUAGUUUUUACAUCUCGCCGGUCUCGUUUUCCGAUUUUGCAAUCGAACGUUUUCGACGAAUGUAGUUGACGAACGUGUAAGGAUAUCGCACACUCGUUAUUGUCGUCGCCGCUACAACAACAAUACGCAAAAGAUUACGUUCAUAUCCCUCACCAAUCGCCAACCAAAUGUCACGUAACCCAAGUGUUAUAAAUACAUAAAUCAAAAAAUAAAUAAUUCACUGAAAUGUCUUCGUCGUACUUGUGGGUGGUUUGCACCCUGUUGGUCGGCGUCGUCUGCAGAGCCUCCGCUGCGAACAGCCCGACUAAAAUAUACACGGGAUACAAGCUGAAUCCAACGUCUCUUCGCAUGAUUUACUACCAUGACCAGACCAUAGCCAUUGUUGAAAUUGGCGAAGGUAAAGCUCUCCUCAACUGCGAGCUCGUCGAAAUAUACAAUGACGAAGAAGGCAAAGAAAUGUUGAAAAAUCUAACAAGAAUCAACAAACCAUUGCGAAUCACUCUAGACCAAAUGAUGAAACUAAUUGGCCAAUGCGAUCUGUUGGAUCCACACCAAGUUAAUCCCGAAGAGGUGAAGUUGCACGCACGUGGUGUUACCAGUGGUGACGAAAUGAACUCAAACGGCGUUCCAACGACUACCUCCAGUUCGCUGUACUCGGGAAUACUACCAGGUACAAAAUGGUGUGGCAGUGGAGAUCUUGCCACAACAUUUUUUGAUUUGGGACCAGAAGUCAAAUUGGAUAUGUGUUGUAGAACGCAUGAUCUGUGCCCAUCCAAAGUCAGAUCGUAUGCCACCAGAUAUAACGUCACCAACAAUUCCAUGUACACAAAAUCACAUUGCAUUUGUGAUAAGACAUUUUACAACUGUCUGAAAAAGGCCAAACAUUCUACCGGAGAUCUCAUGGGAACUAUAUACUUCAAUAUACUUCGUGUGCCAUGUGUGGACGAAAGGAAUGGAAAAACAGUUUUUAAAUUACCACCAACAUAUUAAAUUAUCAUUAAUUUUUGUAUAAUUUAUAUUUUGUAUUAGUUUAUUUAUACUUAUUUUAAUAUUUAUGUAUGAGAAUAAUCUGAUCAACACAAACAAAUUGUAUAAUGUAUAUUACAUCAUCAAAAUAAACGUUGACAAUAAUAUUAUUAUUAAUAUUAUUGCCAAAAUAUUAAUUGUUAUAAA